AGCACUGUGCAAGAAGUUUCCCGAAAGAGCGCAAGUGUACAGUUGGAAAAAGAAAUAUCAAAUAAUUAUUUUCGAGUGCAAAUUUUGCCGAUUGAGGCCAGGUGUAGCAAAACUACAGCAUAUCGUUUCAGGGAAACGGCCAGAGCCCGAUUCAACUGGAAUAGGAAUAGGUGCGUUCGAUCCUCGAGUGAAUUUCACAUUUCACAUUUGGCAAUUGGCAAUUGGAUAUUUUGGGAUCGUCAAAGAUGAGCUAUGCGAAUUGCAGCCAGUUCUGCUCGCUUGACCAGCUGCGGGCGUGGGUCGAGUGCAGUCCCCUGGCCCACAAGUGCCUCAUCAUCCACAUGACGAACGACUUGGAUCAGAUCAUAAAUGGGUUUGAGACGGUGCGCAAAUUGGCGCGCAACUGGGAUGAGGAUAUGCAGCGUCCCCUGCUGGUGGCCGUCUGCAUGCUCUUCCUCAUACACGGCCCGCUGGAGCCGCAGAAGAAUAUGCGCAGCCUGCUGUUCCGUGUGCUGGGCCUGAUGGAUACCAAGGAUCCGAUGAGCGUUCACGGUCAUGUCGAGUAUCUGCUGGCCGAGCUGCACAAGGUGGAUGUGGAUCAGGAUACAAUACUGCUCCAUUUGGCUUUGGGCCUGGUGCGUGCCAAUGCACGCGGCCUGCCCAUUGGCGUCUGCAUGCUCUGGUCAAUAAUUGGCCAGAUCCUGAACCUGGACAUAACAAUGCAUCGGUAUCGCGAGUUCAAGGAGCUGGCCCAGGCCCUCGGCCCGGUGGCCCGCUUCAGCCUGGCCGAAAUGGGCACUGGUCAGCUAAGCGAGCUGGAUCUGCUGCUGGAGACAAUGAAUCGCAUCAUGGAGCUGGUGAUGCUCACCAACAAUGACGACCUCAAGCUGGCCGGCUAUCCGGAUCAUUUCUUUCAAAUGCGGCGCAGCGAUCUCGAGUCCAUGCUCAACUGGGCCACAACCAUACUCUAUCAAAUCCACAUGAGCUGUCGCUGGCUCGGACAGAUUGGCUCUCAGGUCACCGCAAUGGUGAGCAUAUUGAAUCGCAUCAAGCUGGAAAUACCGGAGCUUGUCGAAGAGGAGGAGCUGCCAAAGAUGUGGCAGGCGCCCAUCGAUACCUACUCGGAUCUGGACGACUGAUCCAUGCCCAACGCAUAGCUAUUACCCCUACGCACAGUAUUAGACAAACGACUCGCUUUGAAAGCAUGUUCAGUUCUCAGAAUAUAUACAUAUGUAUGUUCAAUAUGCAAAUCCAACUUACGGUUCCAUCAUUUAGCUGUUAUCUGAUACCCUUCCCCAAGCACUCGACGACGAUCACACACACGAUCACAAGCUGCGAUCUCAGCAAUGCCCGACGAUCAACUGGCCGGCUACUUGAUUCGGGUCUGAAGCCAACAUCGAACAAGUUCGAUUAGCCAACAUCGAACAUGUCAGACUCGACAGAUCGUUGCAACCUAACGCCUACGAGCUGUGUGUG